GCGUCGCCGAAUUUGAGUCAAAGCCGUGACAUCGGAACCGGAAGCUGUGAAUUUAAAGCCCUUUUUGACCGUAAUACUUGAAAAUAUUAAGCGGGUACUUCUGCUAACUUGCUAGCGAAAACACAAUUCCAGUUAAUUUCCACUCGUAUUGGCGUACAUGUAGAUCCAUGUGUCUCUGACAGAUUAAGAUCAGUGUAUGUCAGUGUUUUCGCCAAGAUGAAGAGAGCUGAAGAGGAAAUGGAGAGUGAAUCGGACUCUGGGAAAAACAAGAACAAGAAGGCAAAGGUGGAUGUUAUCAACAUAUCCUCUCAGAAUGUGAUAACCCAGAUGAUGGACAUUGCCCUCCCGUUAUCCAAUCUAAAGAAAAUGCUGGGACAGAGACUACAGUGUAAACUAGAUGAACAUGAAAUAUACCUUCAAAACACAGCUACUCUGAUUGAGGAUAAGAGUUUGUUGGAGCAAGGUAUCUCAGCCGAGGGAGUGGUCCAGUUUAGUGUUCAGGUCAUUUCUAAUCAGGGAGUGAAGCCUCGGUUAAACAUCGUUGACAUUGUGAAACCAAUCAUUGAAACUGUGGAGGUACCCAUGAUUGCAGAAGUACCAGUCGAGAGCAUGGAUGAUGACAGCCUGAAGCUGGUAGAGGGCGCUGUAGGGGACGAAGUAGAAGAAGAACAGGUGACGAGAUGGAUCGUUUGCAGUAACUAUAGAGAUGAACAGGAUAAGUUCAAUAUCCCUUAUGAUCCACAACUAUGGACUGAAGACCAAACAUUACACUGGUUAUUAUGGGCAGCAGGAGAGUUCGCUACCGAAUCUGCAGAUCAUGUUAAAAACAUCAUCAUGACGGGGAAUAAGAUGUGCUGUCUUACGAAGAAAGAAUUCUGCGAUCUGUUCCCCAAAGAAUCUGCCGAUCUGUUCUGGACUCAUCUAGAGCUUAUGAGGAGUACUGUUGAUCAGUGUGGAUCUACAUCGAUGGCUAUUGCAGCGGAAGAAUCUGUCACUGAAACGGUAAACGGUUCCCUUCCUGCCAAAACACCCGCAUCAAAGCGCCCUCGUGCGGUAUCGAGAAGUAGCAGUACAGACGACAAAUUCUCACCUGGAAACAGGACAGGUAACAAUGGUCAGAUUCAGCUGUGGCAGUUCUUAUUAGAGCUGUUGACAGACAAGGACGCCAUGGAUUGCAUCUCAUGGGUUGGGGCCGACGGGGAGUUCAGACUCAACGAUCCGGAGCGUGUCGCUCAGAAGUGGGGAGAGAGGAAGAACAAACCGUCCAUGAACUAUGAGAAGCUCAGCAGAGCAUUAAGAUAUUACUACGAUGGUGACAUGAUAGCCAAGGUCCAUGGUCAGAGGUUUGUCUACAAAUUUGUCUGUGAUCUUAGGAGCCUUAUGGGAUACUCGGCAGCAGAACUCAAUAAACUAGUCAACGAAUGUCGACAAACUAAGUUAAGUCAUGCCAGCAGUGAUGACCUGGUGCAAAACAUUGUUACGAUAUCAACUGCAUAGCAGUAGGAAUGGUCUUUUGGUGAACUUUAAUGGCUUUUUAUCUGUGAUCUUUGGAGCCUGAAGGAUACUUGGCAGUGGAACUCAUUAAACUAGUCAAGGAUUGUCAACCAACCAACUAAGUCAAGUCAUGCCAGCAGUGAUGGCUUGGUGCAGAACACUGUGACGAUAUAAGCUGCAUAGCAGUAGGAAUGGUCUGCGAGACUCAAUAAACUAGUCAAGGAAUGUAGACAAACUAAGUCAAGUUAUGCCAGCAGUAAUGACCUGGUUCAGAACACUGACGAUUUCAACUGCUUAGCAGUAGAAAUGGUCUGCAGAACUCAAUAAACUAGUCAAGAAAUGUCGACAAAGUAAGUUAAGUCGUGCCAGCAGUGAUGACCUGGUUCAGAACACUGACGAUAUCAACUGCAUAGCAGUAGGAAUGGUCUGCAGAACUAGGCGAGGAAUGUCAACAACCUGAAUUAAGGCAUGCCAGUAGUGAUGCCAUGGCUUCGGACAAUAUGAGGAUAUCAACUGUUGAGCAGUAGGAGCUGUAGGAAUGGUCUUUUGGUGAACCUAUGGCUUUGGCACAUCCUCGAGAGGACAUUCAAGACUUCCCUCGAGAGCUGAAUAUCACAUCACCAAUGUCCUCAUUAUUUGCUUCGUCAAAAAAUUGGAGAAUGACAAUCUCUCAGAACAGUGAAAUGAGGGAAUAUGACAUCAUGGUGAUAAUUGCACUUUUCCGAAGCACAUUGUAGCAAUAUUGAACUCUCUUCUUUCUCAACAUGGCAGUGUUCAUUUCCAUCCAGAAUUUCCCCUAGAUAACCUUGUGUGAAAUCCUUGCAGGAAUGUAGGACAAACCUUAUGACAUGUUGAUUGUUACAUACUAGAAUUUUGAGCCUCAAUGCUAUGUCAUAUUUGUCUGUCAGUCCAAUACUGUGGACUGGAUACCUCCAAAACUUUGGAGCCAGCAUCAGUAUUUUUUAGACAGCCAUUGUGUGGUGUUGCAAAUCUUGAUUUGGGAACCGCUUAUCUUGGCCUUCUCUCUAUUACAUGUAGGUACCUGAUUGUAGGUCACAUGGGUGAUCCUUUCUUGUGGUAAAUGAUAUUCACCAUUAAAUGUUUGUUGGUGAUUAUUUAGCGCAUAAGAAAGGUUCACCAGUCGUUCUUUAAGUCGCUCCUAACCUACGAACAGCUUUAUGAAACACCCACCCGCUCACUAGCAAUACUCAGGAUUGUGUUUUACAACGAUGUUCAUAAGGUACGCAUAGCCUCUGUCCUACUUGUUGAAGGAGGCUGUUUCAUAAGCUGUUUGUAAGUUAUGUACAUGUGUGACUUUACGCACGACUGGUGGCCCUCUCUCAAGAUAAAUUAUAUAUUCUUAGCUGUCCGAGCACCUCAGAACAUGUUCCAGUCGUGCGGAAUGUCCAUUGGUGUAAAUUCAAGCAGUAAAUCUAUUGUUCGGGGGAGGGGGGGCAGGGGAUGAACUAUUGUGUCAUCCCCCUUACUUGAAUAGCAUGAUUUCAUUAAUUUACGCCCGUAGUAAUGUCAUCUGUAAGUAACUGUACAGGCAGAUGUGUGAAACACCCACAUGUGGCCCGUAACACAAAAAUUAGCAAUGAUCGUAGAACAUAUUUCUACGAUUGAUUCCACUGACUACAAUGUACAAUCAAUUGUAAAAAUCAAGCGUGCAAUCAAUCGCUAACCUACGGGACCCUGGUUGCCCGUACUUGUGACAUACCCAAGCUCCAUGUUCCGAGUGGGAGUGAAUCUCCUGCAGUCAAAUAAUUUUGAGAUAUCGUAAACUUUUCAUUCAGAUGCAAACAUUAGUCGGAUGUCAUCUGGAGCUGGUGGAAUUUGGUGGGUGUUUCAUGAAGCUCAUGACUUUACAAACGACAGGACCAUGUUUUUAGGUGGUAACUUACAUGAACAUAGGGAUUAUCAUGUUGGACAAGAAAGGGUCACCAUUCCGUCCGUAUAGGCACUCAUGCAAACAGCUUUAUGAAACACCCACCAGAUGACUGUGAGUCUGAUGUACCGAUAACACUAAAGAAAGGGUCAGCAGCCAUGCGUAAACUCAUCCAGAAUUUAUGCACAGCUUGAUAAGGAAACACCACCUAAAUUUAGGUUAUGAUCCAGAAAUUCCAGAAUGGAAAAAAAACAACAGAACCUCUUUGUACACAGCAUCAGGAUGAAUUUACCAGACAAAAGUCAGAAGUGAGUGAAAGUAUUACACAGAAUAUGGUAUUGAUGUAUAGCUAUAUAGAAUUAUGCUCUUCCUUCCUUCUUGCACAGCAAUACCAUUGUACUCAUUCAGGUGGCAGAUUUAAUUGUUUAUUCCAUGUAUAAAACUUUGUAUUCGCUAGUGAACUAUUGGACCAAUAAUUUAUGUUGCUCAAAAUGCUUAUUAUAUUUGCAUAUCCUAUUCACAAACUUGUGUGUUGUUUAUAUGUCUGGAAAAACCCAAUUAAGUUGUCAACAAGCAUUUAAUACUUGCACAAAUACCUUGAACUUUAAGACACUGGAGACACAUUUCUUUUGGGGAUAAAGAUGACUUCUAAGUGACGUCAUCUAUUUCUCGGUUUAAUAACGGGGAUAAUAUAGAGUUAGACGACUCCUAUCUCUCAUUUUUAUACUCGUGUCCCUUCUAUCUUUCAUUUUCUCCCUCUUUUUAUUUUUUUUUCCUCAUCAGGCCUUGAAAAAACUAUUUGUCAUGUUGCCCUCAUACAUGUAAGCCCAAAACCAGAAAGCAAAUUCGAUUUUCUUGUUAUUUUUGUAAUAACUUCACUCCUGCACUGCACAAAGAAAAUCACAUAUGGGAUGAUUUAUUUAUGCAGUCAAACAGGUCAAAACACAUAACUAAGUGCUUUUCCAGCCAUUGAAUACAAAUUUAAACAGAUAUUUCACCCACAUCUGGCAUUUUCUCACAAAAACAUUGCAUUUGUAUAUUUUGGGUCUGCUAAAAGAAAUAAAAGGAAAAAAUAAUAGCGACCCUGUUUUUUCAAAUUUUAGUUGGUCGGAUGAGAAAAACAACAAUUUUUAAAGUCCUUAUGGGGGGGGGGGGGGGUGACUGGAAAAUUAAAGAUGAUAGCCAAUUUGAGGAUCAAAAGAAAGAUUGAUUUUGAUCUUGUGAAAGUUGUGUACCUAAAGCGUUACUCAAUUUUUUUUUCUGCCAGUGUGCUCUGGCGUUUUCUGAAGGUUCUUUGCCUUAUCUCAAUUUUUUAUGAAUAUGCUUACAUGUAAUUUUGUUUUGUUCUACAUGUAUUACUCGGUGCAUACAAUUGUGUUUUUUUUUUUCAUGAGAAUGCACCAUUUGCUACAUGUAUGAAUUCAAUUUGUACAUUGCUUUUAAAUUAAUUAUUUAUACCAAAUUAGAGCUGCGUGUAAAUGAUGGAUUUCCUUGCGAUUAGAAAAUGCAUAGAAAGUAAUAUUUGUAUAUAUUACAAUGUAAUAUAAUGUAAUAAAGUGUAAUGUAUCAUUUCAACAAAAUCAAA